AACUAAAUAUUUUCUUACCGAAGGGUGUUGAGUGUGCGUAUUAAAACAACAAUUUUGUUCUUCUCUCGUUUUACAUUUUUCUGCAACAAAUUCGCUAAAGAAAAUCAUCAAUGGCUGGUGAAGUAACAGCUGAAGCUGGAAGAAUUCCAAAACCAAUCCUUCGAGGACUUCAUAACGCUCAAAUCAAGCGGAACUUGGUUAUAGCUGGAGUAUUGGUUACUGUUGUCACAGUCGCUGUCAAAUACCUCCGCAAUGAACCCAGAAAACGAGACUACGCUGAAUUUUACAAAACUUAUGAUCCAGAGAAGUCAUUCAAACGCAUGGUAGAUGCUGGUCUCUUACAGAGUGUUAAGGAACUCUAAAUUCAUGUCUCUGUUCAUCAGUUAAAUUAGUGUUUCCGAUUUAAAAUUUCAAAAAAUGUAAAAGUAAAGAAGUUGUGGAAUUGACAAAAAUUAUCUUUCAACAUCCGAUAAUUAAAAUAUAUGAAUAAAAGAAAAUUAAAUAGUCAAUGUUUUAUUCUUGAACUGU